UUUCCUGGUCGACAAUAACGGCUUCAUCGUGCUGUCCAAAGAGAGGAACGAGAUUGGUCGUUUCUUCGGCGAGGUCGACGGGUCUGUGAUGGCGUCGCUGAUCAAGAUGGGGAUGUAUAAAAAGGUGUCGUUGUUUGACUACCAGGCCAUGUGUAAGAACAGUCAUCAUCACGCCAACAGCGCCCGUCCUCUGCUCAGCCCGUUCUACGGCAUCGUGGCGUUGAUGAGGUGGUUCUUCUCCAACGCUCUGAUGUUCCUGCUGGACUUUAACUUCUGUGGUCUCUGGCACUCUGAUUAUUUUGUGGACGCCAAGGCUGGUUAUCACACAAGUCAUAAGCAGAAGAAGGUGGAGGCGUUGCAGCCCUGUGACACGGCGUAUCCCGGCUUCAUGUACGACUCGUCUAUCAAAGAAGCCAACAGCCUCAUCAAGUGUGGACGCUGCCAGAAGAUGUUCGUGGUGCAGCAGAUCCCCGACAGUAACCUGGUUCUGGUUGUGACACAGGCGGAUUGUGACUGUUCUCGUCAGUACGGACCGAUCCUGCUGGAGCCCAAAGAGAUCAAAUAUAAUGCCACCGUGAAGUGCAACAGGAUGAAAUCCCAGAAGGUGCGGCGACGUCCGGAGUCCUGCCACGCCUACCACCCAAAGGAAGAUGCAAAGGACUGUGGAGGGGCGUCGGCCAUCUCCCUGUCGAUUUCCCUCUUCUCCAGCUCUCUGCUCGUCUCAUUGGUUCACCGGUGGACAUAAACCAGGACCAACCCAUCAAUCGGGAUGCUCAGAGGGGAGCCGGAGCCGGGAUUUAAAGAAGAAGAAGGACUUCUAAUAAGAAAACAGAGCAUGUAGCCAAGGGAUUUAUUCUUCUUUCUUUUUACUUGCCACGAGAGACAACGGGACAUCUUUUGUUUCCUGCUGCUCAGACGAGCUUCAGUCUCUCUGCGGCGCAGAUAAAGGGCUAUUUGAUUUUUUUAAAAACUGAUUUGGCCUCGUUCCUGAACAGGGAGGAAAAGCUCUGAGGAGUCCUCAUCCUGAUGAAGCCCCAAGCAGACUCUCGAGGGGAGGGGACUCUCGGUGCCCCCCCCCCCCGGUGGACAGGUGUAAACAGUGCAGCUUCUGUUUGGAGAAAUGUUGCCAUUACAUUUAAAACAAGAAUGUAGCAUCUUUGUAGCUUUUUUUGAUACAGAAAUCUUGUGUAUGAGUAGAGUUUUACAUUCAAGUGAUUUAACACAACUCUUCAGACGUAGGAAAAACAGCUUUAAACACGACGUUCUCAACAGAAAACAGAAAUAUCACAUUUUAGAUUUUUAACAAACUGAAGCCAAAUGUUUAAGAGACCUAAACUGUGUCGCUCAUUGAAGUGCAGGGUUUAAAUUCAAUGUGAUUACUUUAUAAUAAAGCUGGGGUUUAGUUUGACUGAAGCUGAACCAUCAUUUUGUAACAGAACAAAAUGAGAAUUAUUUUCAAAUGAACUGUUUGUUUUUUUGUUGAGUGCACAGCUAUGAACAGUGACCUCUAGUGGCAAGAGGUCAUUUCUCUACUAGACAUCAGCAGCUAAAUAAAAUAAACCACAGCUGGAGAGACGUUACACUUCAGGUUUCACUAGACAGGAAUAGAGAACUUCACAUCCGACACAUUUCAAGUACAGUUUCCGGUAACAUUCACUUUUACAGGUCUCGUAUUUUCAGCAAAUUUUUUGGAAACUUUCCCUGGAGAACAAAAUCUUUCAGGUGAAGUUCUCAGAAAUCUCAGGAUGUUUUUUUUUUCUAAGUCUGAAGUUUUUUUGGCUUUAGUUGGUUAAAGAUGAGAAAAUUGUCCUGAAUCCAAUAAACAUUUUUUCACUUCCAUUUGUUUUUCAUUCAGUUUAUUUUCACGUGGAGCACCAAGCGUCUUUUACACAACAGAGACUGAGUUUGUACAUGAGGACAUGUCAAGUCUUUAAAGUCUUACCUCCACAGCAUCAUCACCAGGUCCCCGCCCCCCCAAUGUCAGAAAUACUUAACGGUGCGUUCAAGUGUUUCUUAUCAACUUGUAAAGUCAGAAAUUUUGAGGCAAGUUUCCCUCAAACAAACAAUAAAGUUUCUUAAUUGUGUCUGAACAAUUUGAGGGAAAUAAUUAGGUUUUGAAUUUUUAUUUUAUAUAUAUUUUCUAUAUAAAGUCAAACUACAAGUAAAUUUGUAUAUAUUUUUAUAUGGGAGAGAUGAUUAUAUUCACAUUUAGCAGCAGCAGUUUCACUGACCUGACACACCCGACAUCAUUGGUGGGUGUCAUUGGUUGUUCUCUCUGAUAACCACACCCCCAUUAGCGAUGUCACAGUGUCCUAACGUGCACCUGUUCAUCACUGGAGUCAGGUGAGAAUCUAAACCACCACCAAGACACAUUAAUAAGGAUAUGACCCAAUUUGAAAAAGUUAAUUAAAACUGCUGCUUUUUGCAAUUCUGAUAUAAAAAUCACAAAUUUUUCAUGUGUAAUUUCUGACUUUUUGAGUUGUGUUCAUUUACUUCAGCAGAAAGUUACAGGUGAUACAUGUACACAUCCAUGUCUCUGUAAUAAUGCACUUCCUGUCAGUGAGGUCUGAAACACAGCUGACAUACCUACAGGAGGGUUCGGUUGAUUCAAGCUGCGUUCAUCUUCUCAUGUGACAGUAAAAAACCAGGCUGACGUUCAUCCAGGUUCAGCAGCUGUUAAACAUCAGUUUGUUCAUGCGUCAGUCGAACCCUCCUGCAGCUGAGCAGCGAGGUCGCCGCCUGCUGGACGGCUGCAGUAACAACGAUAAUGUGACAUCACCAAGAAAAACAAUCUCCCUAUAGAUACAGUGAUCAAUAACUUUUGUCUUUUCUUUUUAGUCUGAACCUCUUCUACUUCCACCAGUCAUUUCCAACAUUUUUACUUAAAUUUAAACUUAAUAUGUGAUGAAAAUCAUUUAAAUGCAAAGAUCUUUU